CUGUGGGAGUCUCCUUUAAACGAAUCCCCUCGCGUCACUGGGAUGCGGUCGCCGGAGCCGGGCACAUAGCCGAACAUCCCAGCGUUCACUGCCGAGAGGGACCACUCAACAUUUCCUCCACCCACCAAAGAUGACAGCUCCACCAAACCUGAGCCAUGCAGCGCCGCAGCAACAGUGCUUUUUGGUGUUGUUCGACUUUGAUGAGACCAUCAUCAAUGAGAGCAGCGAUGACGCUGUGGUGCGAGCUCUACCGGGCCAACACCUCCCCGACUGGCUGAGAAACAGCUACAGGGAGGGGCACUACAACGAGCACAUGCAGAAGGUCCUGCUCUACAUGGCGGAGCAGGGUGUGUCCGAGGACUCCAUCCGUUCAGCAGUGGAGAAGAUCCAGCCCUCCCCCGGCCUCCUGAGCCUCUUCCAGUACCUGCAGAGCCACCAGCAGGACUUUGAGCUGGCAGUGGUCUCCGACGCCAACAUGUACAUCAUCGAGACAUGGCUGGAGCGUGCCGGCGUGCGUCACCUUUUCCGGAAGAUUUUCACAAACCCGGCAAGUUUCGAUGACACCGGCUGCCUCGUGCUGCUCCCGUUCCACUCCCACUCGUGCUCCUGUUGCCCCGAAAACAUGUGCAAGCAGGUGAUCCUUCGAGAGUAUCUGGCAGGCCGGCAAAAGGAGCGUGGAGGCGCCCCCUUCCAGAAAGUGUUCUAUAUCGGAGAUGGGGCCAAUGAUAUAUGUCCCUCUUUGGCUCUGGGGCCCCGGGACACUGCUUUCCCCAGGAGGGACUUCCCCAUGCACAAGCUGCUUCUGGAGAGGCAGCAGGCCCAGGCGGCCAAGUUCAAGGCAAACGUCGUUCCCUGGAUCAGUGGAGAGGACAUAGUGGACUGCCUGAAGAAAAUAAUGGAGGAGAGAUGAGGUGUGUGAGUGUGUGUUGGUUUAAGUACGUUAGGGGGGCACAAACAGCAAAGGUGCACAAACCCCAGUCCUAGUGAGAAGCAGGAUAUGCAUGAUUUUAACCCAGCCACACUUGCUACAACCUGUAAAGAGUAUAAAGAGUAGUUUGAUUAGAAAUAUAUAUUUCAGAAUUUCCCUUUCUCAUGGAGAGUUAGAUUUUAUAAAUCCACCACUAGGAUUAUCUGUACAUUUACUAUGUAGACGGUGAAAGGAGCCGGUAUAAAGCUUAGUAUUAAGAAUGAAAAACAGGAGGAUACUUAUAUCAGGCUACAUCCAAAGGUGAUCAAAUCUUAUACAAAUAUGUAACAUGUUAAUAAGAGACUUUUAGAGGUACAGAAAGACAGAUUUCCGAAAAUUUUGAACUAUUCCUUUAAUGCUUGCAUGGUCUCAAAGCCUUCUGUUAUCUAAUUCAAAAGAAUUGGCUUGAUAAAUAUAGAGAUAAAUAUUAUUGAUGAUGCGUAUAAGUUCUGGUUUUCGACCGCUUAUAAUCUUUAAAAAAAAGUUGUGUAGUGUACUCUGGAGAGAGCUAAGUCCAAAACAGUCAGCUCAAUUAAAACCUCUAACAUCCUUAAAUAUGAAUGUAACUUAGGGUACAUUUGCCAGUAUCACUGACUUGUUUGAACUAAUCCUGGAGACUUCAGUGACAACUAACAACAUCUAUUCCACUCUCGGAGGUCUCUUGUGUUGACAGGCUUAUAUUUUAAACACGUCACACUGCAUUGAAGGGCCUUGAUGAUUGAAGAAUAAGUAGGUGUUGCAGCGCUACCUGAGACAAAAGACCACACAUGUCGUGUUAGGCAGCUACAAGGACAGCAUACAGCAGGGAUAAGGUAACGGAGAAUCAUGUUCAGUACCUUUGCUCUCUCCGUCACUCAGUACUGAUACCUAAUCUAGGGCUUGAUUAUAUAAUGAUAUUCUACACCAGCAUGAGAUCCAAAGGGAACGCUGUAGCCAUACGCCUGCACUUUGCCCAACAUAAAACCCUGUGACUCUGAAACAAUGUAAGAAAGCUAGAUGCAAAGAACCAAUUGACGACUUUGAAUUGUAUUUGUGUAAUUACUAGCUAGCACUCACUGUACGUGUACCAUAUACAAAACUACUAGUAAAUGUUAGUAUUAUUAAAAGCUAUUUGUUUAGUUUGAGUAGGAUUCAUAGUCUCUAAAAGCCUUUAGGUUUGAAUGAAUUCCCAGUCAACUAUAGUGUUUUGAGUGAGUGGUUAUGUACUUAUUUAGUAUGUUUGCAAGCUAACCUCAUGCUGCCUCACUAAAUCCAUAACAGGAACUGUACAAUAUAUUUUCAAGAAGCACAUACAUUUAGGCGGUUAACAAGAGGCAUUCAUAUUUUGUUAAUAUUAAGGAAAUAGUGAAAUAUUUUGUCUUUCCCUAUUUGUUUUUCCAUCCUGUAACAUGGCAUGUAUACCGUGUGUUUGUUGAUUUUUGCCGCCUGUUUAUGGUUUUCAUGUUAGUAUACAGUGCACACAAGUUAACAAUCACUCACAUUAGGUCAUGUUUGGUAACUUAAGGCCAGACGUAGUAUGAAUAAUUCCGCCUAUGUUUGCAUUUUUCAACCAUAUCCAUACACUGAACAAGCCAUUGCAGUUCACAAAAAGAAAGGUUGGGUGCUGAUGAAAAUCAGUCAAAGAUAUAAGUAUAUAUAUUAUAAGCCUAAUAGUCGAUGAACAUUUUCUAGCCAUAAAAAGCAACUUUAUGCUAUAAAAGUGCUGGAAAUGUUCCAUUUUAGUUUCUCAGGGAGUAAAGAAGGACGUAUUAACAAGCAAACAUAAUAAUAAAUGUUUGGAGAAAUAAAUAUAUUUGCUGCUCUGAGAACAACAUUUUAAUGUAUGAUAGAAACCGAUGUUUAUGAGAAAUAAUCAAAGCAUUCACAGUGUGAUCCUUAAACUCUGUGAGAUCAAAAAUAAUCCAUUAAUGCUUUGUGAUUGGGACACUAGAGUUCUGUGAGAUUUACUCCUUUUGCGAUAAAAGUACUGUAACAGAUGGUAUUUUAUUUAACUGUCUGUGUAGCUGUAACACUUCCAUGUGCAAUAAUAAAAUGCUUUAUACUUUGUACGGAAUAAAUAACUUUUAGGUUAAUCAUGGAGAACUUGACAUUUCAGGGAUGUGAAUUGACACCAGAUCACCAAACUAGAGUUUUUUUAUUCAACUUUAAAAUGGCAUUAUGGCUUCACAACAACCAAAUAAAAGUAUGGGUUGUUAGUACUCUGCUAAGCUAAAACCUUUUCCCUUAACUUUUGGUUUGCUGUACCUUUUGUGUGUUUCUAAUCAAAGAUCAAUGUAUGUGUGUAAUGCAUCAGUGUAACAGGAAUAUAAAGCCAUUAUCU